UAUCUAUCUGCUCGUGGCAGCGAAUUUGUCUUCUAGAUCCGAACUUGUUUGCUAGAAGAAAUCAACCCACUACGUUGCUGCGAUUGCGCAGAGAGACUCAAAAGCCAAUUGAUUUCUCGUAUGUUCACAGCUCCAACACCAUGACGACACAUCCACUCAAAGCCGUUACUCUUACACACGUUCGUUACCGAAGGGGAGACCAACUGGGGCACUUCCUCGCAUGGGUUUCUUUGAUCCCCGUCUUCAUCAGCAUCGGUGGCUUCAUUUCCCACUUUAUGUUUCGUCGAGAUCUUCAGGGCAUGUUCUUCGCCCUUGGCCUCCUCAUAUCUCAGUUUCUGAACGAGCUCGUUAAGAAAUCCGUGCAGCAGGCGCGGCCGGAGACAUGUGCCAUGCUUGAGAUGUGCGAUUCGCAUGGUUGGCCUUCCAGUCACUCUCAAUACAUGUUCUUCUUCGCUGUGUACUUCACUUUUCUUACAUAUAGAGGAAUUGGGCUUCCAACUGAGAGACAGAAGUUCAUUGUGGCUUCUAUUCCUUGGGUUUCGGCCUUCCUUACCAUGUAUUCUCGGGUUUAUCUGGGCUACCACACUGUCGCACAGGUCUUUGCCGGCGCUACCCUUGGUAUCGUUCUUGGGGCGCUCUGGUAUUGGGUUGUUAAUUCUGUACUGAUCUUAUAUUUCCCAGCAAUUGAAGAGAGCGCAUUUGGCAGAAUGUUCUAUGUCAAGGACUCGUCCCACAUACCAAAUGUAAUGAAAUUUGAGUAUGACAAUGCUAGAGCUGCUCGCAAGAAUUUAACCCAAAAGCGUGCAUCAGAUUGAACAUGAAACAAAUCUUCCAGGUUGAUCACAGAGUGGGAAUGGAUGCAAUGCUCAAAAAUGGCUGAACUCUGGUCUAAGAAAUCUUUGGAACUGAGUACAUUAAUUCAAGAGAUUGUUAGCUGUCUUUCUCUGUCACACAGACAAUUCUAAUUACUUAGAUGCUAUUGGAAGUUGGAACCAAGGAAGAAGGAACCAUAGCCAAAAGCAGGGUGGGUAGGCCCCAUGCAGUCUGUGCUCUGAAGUUGCAUGGUAUUGGUUAAUCUUCGAUUUCCUAGUACCUUGGACUUGAUUCAAUU